UAGCGCUCCGUGAACUAUAAGACCAACCGGAAGCCAAAGAGGGUUGCGGGACUGAUGCGCUGCGCCUUCAUCCAGCUGCAGCGUCCCAAAGCGCAGGACGUUGGCGAUGGCGGAGAUGCAGCUUCCCCGCUUCACGACACCGAGCAGCCUCGGUUUAUUCUUCGGAACAUUUCUGACGUCGCGUGUGCACGAGAGCGACCGUUAAAAUUCAAAUCGUGGAACACCUAGCUGACGUCAGCACGCUAACGGUCCUCGACUAACCUCUGCAUUAUUCUGUGGAAGGGUUAAUGUAUGGGUUUUGUACCAAUUUAGGAUUUUCUUUGUGUUCUUGAAACUGGAAAAGGACUCGUUUUGGAAUUCUCUAUGCGUAUGAAUUUCAGGUGGGAGAAAAAAACCGGAUUAAAUUUAAGCUUUGGGGGUUUUUUUGGGUUUUUUUGGUAGUGAAGAAGUGCUCGUGCUCAUAUUCAGGCUUGUAGUAACGCUAUAACCUUCACGUUCACGUCAAUGACAGCUAGUACAGCUAGCACGGUGUGUUAAGGAUUUAACGUCGAUAUUUGACACUGUUAUUGAUUUAUUUCGUCUAAUUUAACGGAGGGAUGAGAGAGGAAAUACAGGCGGAAAGGACGAAUUACAGGUACUUGUUAACAUCCGGUGGGACGCGUUUAACUCGCAGCAGCAGCUUCAGGUGUCGAGGUUUUGACAGUUAGUCAAUUUAGUACAGAUUCAUUCAUUCACUCACUCACUCAUUCAUUCAUUCGCCCAGUUUUCUGGCGUCCUUGCUUAAAAAAACAAACAAAAAAACAAAAACAUGGCCUCUGCAGCUGCCAGCCUCGCCUCCUCCAUCGCCAGCAAAACCAAAACGAAGAAAAAACACUUCAUGCCGCAGAAGAAGAAGCUUUUCCGCUCCAGCGACCCUCUUCUCAGCGUGCUGAUGUGGGGAGUCAACCACUCGAUAAAUAACCUCAGUCACAUUCAGAUCCCUGUAAUGCUGAUGCCUGAUGAUUUCAAAGCCAACUCCAAGAUCAAAGUGGACAAUCACCUCUUCAACAAAGAGAAUAUGCCAAGCCAUUUCAAGUUUAAAGAAUACUGUCCUCUUGUCUUCCGAAAUCUGAGGGAGAGGUUUGCCAUCGAUGAUCAGGAAUAUCAGAACUCUCUGACGCGAAGUGCGCCGGUCCCGAGUGACGCCCAGGGCCGCAGCGGCGCGCGCUUUCACACCUCCUACAACAAGAAGUACGUCAUCAAGAUCAUCACCAGUGAAGAUGUGGCUGAGAUGCACAACAUCCUGAAGAAGUAUCAUCAGUAUAUAGUGGAGUGCCAUGGCAACACACUGCUGCCUCAGUUCCUGGGCAUGUACCGCCUCACGGUGGACGGAGACGAGACGUACAUGAUCGUCACGCGCAACGUGUUCAGCCCCCGUCUGCCUGUGCACAAAAAAUACGACCUGAAGGGAUCCACAGUGUCCAGAGAGGCUAGCGACAAAGAAAAGCCACGCCCACCUGAAGAUGGGGCUCCAGCCAAAUCUCGCAUGAGCCAAAAGCUCCAAACCAUUCGGAUCGCCACACGCUUUUACUGCGCCAUCAGACACACUAAGGAGCUCCCAACAUACAAAGAUAAUGACUUCAUCAACGAUGGACAGAAGAUCUAUAUUGAUGAGGAGAACAAGAAGAUGUUCCUGGAGAAGCUAAAGAAUGAUGUGGAGUUUCUAGCCCAGCUGAAGCUAAUGGACUACAGCCUGCUUGUUGGGCUCCAUGACGUGGAGCGUGGAGAGCAAGAGCAGCCAGAGGAGGAGAUCGAGGAGAACGAAGGAGGUGAGGAGGAGGGAGCCGAGAGCGAUGGAGGAGUGACCGGGUCGCCACCCGAGAGUCCCAGCAACACACUCGACAGCAACAGGCCACUGGGGCCGGGAGAGUUCGAUCCCAGCGUGGACGUCUACGCCAUACGCAGUCACGAGAACGCCCCCAAAAAAGAGGUGUACUUCAUGGCCGUAAUCGACAUCCUCACACCAUAUGAUGCUAAGAAGAAAGCAGCACAUGCGGCUAAGACAGUGAAGCAUGGGGCUGGAGCCGAAAUCUCGACGGUUAAUCCGGAGCAAUAUUCCAAAAGGUUUUACGACUUCAUCACCACCAUUCUGUCCUAACUGUUGCCUGGGGUCAGUCUCAGGACCCUGAGAUCAGGCCUCUAACCUACUGAGAGGCUUUUAAUGGGAUCCUUGGACAUUUACUAGAACUGUCUGGUUACAGUUGUUUUCUCGUCUUUUUUUUUUUUUUUUUUUUUUUUUUUAAUAAAUACAUGAAUAAAUGGCUGUGAAUGGACAAACAUAUAGCUAUGCGUUCCACUGUGCUGUACAUCUGUAUUAGAUAUUGUUGAUUGGGAUGUUGAGUGAUGUUAUUGUGUGUUUAUGUGGAAACCUCAAAGCUGCUUUUUACUCUUAUUCUGUCUUUGUUUACUGUAAGAAGACAUCAGACAGGGACACUUUUCUGAGCCUGGGUUAAGCAUUGUUUUAGACCAAGGCUGCUUUCACACUUUACCCACCCUGUAACCAUAACAACGCUCCUAGCUAGUAUCGUCUAGCUUGCUCGCUAGAUUAGAUUUAUUUUUCUUUGUAGUGCAAAUGACACAAAGAUCAGUAUAACUCUGACAUUGAGGAGGUUAUUUGCCUUUGGAGGCAGAAAAUCAAGAGAAUCAAAAGAGAUAAAGUGAGACGUCACAGCAUGUACUGGUGAACAUCCCCAAAACAGACAGUUAUUUUUAGUCACAUUGCAACAUUUGGCAAAGAAACAUUUCGCUCUGCAGCCUCGGCGUGUAGGAUUACAUGCAAAAUGUUGCACAGACAGUUUUACGACAAGUGUGAAAGCAGCCUGAAAAGGUUUUUCAGUCAGGGAUCCCUCACUGACAGCACAAACUAUUAUCUAUCACUGGAAAUGCUGGUCCUUGGUAUCUGUAGAUUGGUUAUAACUGCUUUUGAAAUUAUAAAUCCAUUGUGGAUUGUUUUAAAUCUUCUGUUAAGCACUUGGACCCUUUAGAUAAAGAACUAAUGAGAUUUUGUAGUCUAUUUAGAUUCACCGCUGGCUGCAGAGUUUAUUGUAGAGAAGCUUAUAAGUAGAAAACCUAUAAAAGUUGUUUGCACAUGAUCUAAAGCAGGAGUUCUCACUCCUGUUGCGCACAGUUUGAAGUAUGAUCCAGCUGCACAGUAAAUUUUAAACCUCUUAAUUAGUUCGAUCAGGAAGAGAAGACUUGAGACUGUUCAUGGCUGGAUUCGAGAACCACUGAUCUAAUGCACCCAAAUAUUUAUGCAAAUGAUGCCAAUUUUACCACUGACUCGAGGGUUAUGCAAUAGUAGUGAGAUUGUAGUGAGAUCUUAGAGGAAAACUCCACCCUGAAGCACAUCUUAUAUGUUUAUAUUGAAAUAUUUGUGAUGUGUUUAGACAUUCUGGUGCUAAUUUGUUAGCCGAAGCUUUCACAGAUCUCAAAAAUAACGGGCAGGUUUCAUUGUUAGCUCUUAAAUACAAAGUUACAGAAACAAAUACAUAAUGCUUCCAGCAAAGUUCAAAGUCAUAGUAAUGAGAAAUCCAACACAGAAGUAGCGAAGACAUUACAGCAAACACUAGACUCAAAGUCCCAGAAUGCAUUAUGGCAGAAACCCAGCUCAGCUAGUUAGCUAUGAGAUGACAAGGCGAGGGCAUUGACGGUGAUACUGGCAUGAAAGCUUUGGAAUCUGAUCUGUUUGAUGAGGAGGUGAGAAAUCUGGACAGACUAAAGGACUAAAGCGCCGCCGCAUCGCUCUCUUUAGGUAGAGAUGAAGUGACGGCUAAAUCCCACUGGACCACUUUCAGCAGGGCAUUGUGGGUAAUGUAGGAAACCGUUAACCAAAGUAACACAGAUCAACGUGUCGAUGAAAGAAGUUUUAACUAAACAUAAAAGUACAAAAUAAAUCUGGCUGAAAAUUGUGUUAUUUAUACAGAAUGAUACACACCGCAUUCAGGGUGGAUUUUUCCUUUAAGCCUUGUUUCAAUUUAGAGUGAGUUAGAUCAUAGAAGGAUUAGAGAUAUUAUUAUUAUUAUAUUAGUAAAUUAUCAUGUUUUAUUUUUGGAGAAAGUUUUGUGUUGCUAAUUGACAGUUUGAAAAGUUCUUUUGAAAACUAUGUCUAUAUUUUUACAUUUCUUUUUUUGCAGCACUGCAUUUGCUGCAGGUUUAAAGUUUAAAAUGGACCGUUCUUCCAGUAGGGAUGUUAUUACAGUUUGAACAUUUUUAUGCUUAACUGUUAGCAUUUAAGCUGCACUGUAAAAAAACAAAACAAAAAAAACUGGGAGAAUGAUUUUACAACUCUACGUCUUGCCGUCUGUGUUUCUCUUCCUCUGAAGCCUGUAACUCUGAACGUUAGUAUUAUAUAACAAUGUAGUUAUAGCUGUAUGUUUUCUUUCUUCCAGAGUAUCGUUCUUAUACUAACCCCAGACCAUCUGCCUGUAUGUCUCGAUAUCAUCAAUUUACACUGUGCGAGAGUGUGCCUUUUUUUACUCGGAAUCAUUUAAUUUUGUAUUUGAAUCUUUUUGUUUGUUUGUUUGUUUGUUUGUUUUUAAACAAAAGUUUGCAGAUGUUAUUUUCUACAAAGGGACAGGUGAUUAAGGUGAAUCCUGAGGCGCUUUUGCUCUUCCUGUGACGUGUAAAUAUAUUAGUGUAAAAUAUCUACGAUCUUAUGACUGAAUGUCGCUAAAUGUACGACUUCAGAGUUAAUCCAGCAAUUGUGUCUCAAUGUUUGAUAUUGAAGUGAGAUGUUUCUUGUGCAGCUUUUGAAAGAGAUUUUUUGAAGGUAUUCACAGUACAGUGCUGGUCUUUUUUGGUGUGUAUUACUGUCAGUGAAUCUGAUUUAUUAUCUACAAAUGAAAGACUAUAAGCCAUGCUGUUCGAUUUUUAAGGCAGAACUUUUUAAUCCUGAAAGCUACAGACCUCCGAGUGGACUUUUAAUCGUACUCUGUUUCCUGAUAUCUGUUCCUGACAUUUGAACCUCACUCACACUAAUGUACAGGCAAAGAUAUUUUUUUCCCAUGUGUUUUCCAAUGCAAAAACCUCUCCUGAAAAUGAUCAGUUGUACUUUGUCUCAGUCUCUGAUCAUAACAAGUGUCAAAGGAAAGAUAUGAAAAUGCUUCCAGUGUGAAUGUCAUACAGAAGAAGGGAUAAAAGGACACACAAUUUAAGAGAAUGCUGUGAAAGACACAUUGUAUGACAUGACCAGCUGUCUGCCUGCUCGUCAUCGCUGUUGUUAAUCCUGUCAUGACUGUGCCGUUUUUUUCAUGUAUGUGUGCAAUGUUUUGAGGCACAAGACCAUCAGCAUCGCUUAAUAAAAUGAUGCUUUACUCAAA